AUGUUACCUCUCCUGUAUUUAGAUGAUGGCGAUACGUUGGCAUUCAUUGAUUCUGCGUCGGAGACCCUGACUCAAUAUGAAGCUCCGCGACCAGCUGCGCCCCAUAGGAUCCGCAGCAAAUCCCUCCUGGAAACUGGAUCUCCCUACUUCGAGCGGCUCUUUAGUGCUCCCAAACAGUCUCUUUUUUGCCGACGUCGUGGCUUUACCAAAGACCUGCCAGCGGGGAUCAAAUUUGUGAUUGACUUGACCCCUCAAGCCACAGAAGAGGAUGAGAUUCUUAUUUUGACCGAAGUGUGCUGUCCGACGCAGAUUCGAAUUUGGACUCGGCUCUUGGCUCUACUAAAGCCGCCAACUGCAUAUGUGGGCGGAGAGGACGAGAUUGAUCCUGGUUCCCACGUUCGCGUUGAUCUUCCAACCACAUUGACAUACCCGAUUUCUCAGAAAACUUCCGAGCUACCGGUUGAGUACUCAGCAAAAAGACACCAUGAGUGCAUCGAAUUGAUUCUUCGCGCCCUGGAGGGACUAGACAUCUGUCUCGAUACUCCAUGCACGGUCUGGACCUACUCAGCUAUCGCCAAGAUCUUCCAAAUUGCAAAUGUUUCGCUCGUGUCUGACCCCGUGCUUGCUUGGUUUCACCACAAUGAGAAUGCUUUGCUUGUAGAGAUCUAUCCGGAAGUGGCCUAUCGACUGGCCUGUGGAAUCAAGCUGCCUUCUCUUUGUAUGGAUGCUUUCAAGCUACUUGUCGGAGAUGAGGCACUUCUCUACGUCAUGAGCGCCGCAAAUCUGAGUCCACCAGAUUCGUGGGAGUCGUCUGCCCGGCGCAGCCGAAUCUCAGGGUUUUUGGAUGACGAUGAGGUGCAACGCAUCGAGUAUGCGAGCAAAAGCUUUGCUGAAAAAGUGCUCAGAGACUUCUUGUUUAUAGCCGGAGAAAGAAUGCAAUGGCUCGAAGACAUGGCGUUUACUGCGAAGCUCCGGCAGCUCGCGAAAGAAUUUCCCGGUCUGAGAACACUCGUGGAAGAUCAUUUGAUUUUGCAACUCAAGUGUUAUUCCCGCCACAUCAUAUACCUUGUUCUUUGCACUGCAAAGGAUCCUCGCCGUUCCUUCCAGAAGCUCUCGUCGAUGAGAGAUGAGGGCUCUUGGAGUCAUUUGGGUCAGCCAGCAAUCGUACAACGUAUCCUGGGCAGACAUUUUUGGCGUGACCUCAUGUCUGUUAAUUUCAACUUGGUUGCGCAAAUCUACGACGGACAGGCUCACACUCGCAUCGAUGAAAUAGGAAAUGGCUUGGCUGCGUUUGAGGGAGAGCGGCAUGCAAUUAUCACCUCGAUUUCACGAAAGAGUCUUGAUAGUCAAUUUCGACAACUUCAGAUGUGUGUUACGCACCAGGAAACCACUGGCACGCCGACUUCCAAUCAAGCCUCAUCCCAAGGUGUAGCAUUCUUCACUUUGGACACAUUUAUGGCGUGUGCAGAAGAAUGCUUGAAGACCUUCGCUGAAGGAGUACUCUAUCUCCACAACUCCUCCGAUUCGGAACCGAGGGCGACAGAAAUCAUUUCGAAUUUAACAGAUGACGAAAUUAGAUUUCUUCCUCUCUGGGCUGGCGGCAACGAUGACGGUUCAGGUGGCGUAUUUGCAGAUUCAGAUAUCCCAGUUAUGCAGGCAGGGGGAUUCUCUGCACCAGGCCCACACGUACACACUGGAAGUGUGGCAUCGGCUCACGUAGAUGACGAGUACAGUGAAAUCAACGCGGACGAUUUCCAGUCCACCGUGCAAGGUGCAUCUCACCACGCCACUCAGUCACACCAACCAGAUAUACUCUCACUGAACUCUGAUACCCUGAGUUCUCGCGGCAGCCUCGUAAUUCUGAAUCGCGAAAAUGAUUUAUCCGAGCCCCCCUACUCAGCCCAUAUGGAAGCAGAUGAUGCCUAG